GGAGGUGGUCGAGAAUUGCGGUCCAUUUUCGUUGCCUUUUCGUCGCGGGCUCCGAGUCGGAAGAAUAGCGCCUGCUAAUUCAUCCUUCACGACGAGUCAAAACCCGUCAGCCUAAACUCAGACCAUCAAUUUCUUCCCCCGCGCCCGUAAUUCAAUAUAAUUGAUCCCCCCCUUUUUACUUUCUGGGUGAUUGAUUUUUUCAGGAUCAUCUCUGCGUGGAACUGAAUCUUCUUUGUCCUUCUCUCCGAUCUUCUCUUUUUUCCUCCCGGAACUUCCACAAUUCGUAAACGAUCUCUGUUUUUCUGGCGAAACCAAGCGAUCAGAAGGAGGAAUUCUUGGCCCUUACCAUGUCGUUCUCUGAUUCUGAUUCAUCUUCUCAAUGUGGUGAUCACAAAAGUUUCAAGCAAAUCAGCCGCGAGCGAUUGCUGCAUGAAAUGCUUCGGUCAGCCAAAACAGGGGAUUCGAAAUCAACCUGGAAGGUUCUCAUCAUGGACAAACUUACCGUCAAGAUAAUGUCAUACGCAUGCAAGAUGGCUGAUAUCACAGAUGAAGGUGUUUCAUUGGUAGAAGACAUAUACAGACGAAGGCAGCCACUGCCGUCCAUGGAUGCUAUCUAUUUCCUUCAGCCUUCUCGAGAGAAUGUUGUCAUGUUCCUGGCAGACAUGUCAGGGAGAUCUCCUUUAUACCGGAAGGCAUUUGUCUUCUUCAGUUCACCUAUAUCAAGGGAAUUAGUCACACAAAUCAAGAGAGAUUCAACUGUUUUACCUCGCAUAGCUGCCCUAAAAGAGAUGAAUUUGGAGUACUUUGCCAUAGACAGCCAGGGUUUUAUCACCAACAGCGAGAAAGCUCUGGAGGAACUUUUUUGUGAUGACGAGAGUUCUCAAAAAGGUGCAGCAUGUCUGAAUGAGACGGCUAUCCGCAUUGGCACAGUUUUUGCAUCAUUAAGGGAAUUUCCUUCUGUUCGGUACCAAGCUGCCAAGUCCCUUGAUGCAACUACAAUGACGACUUUCCGUGACCUCAUUCCUACAAAAGUUGCUGCUGGUGUCUAUGACUAUAUUACAAACUAUAAGAAAACGAUCCCCAAUUUUCCUCAGUCAGAAACGUGUGAGCUGCUGAUUCUUGAUCGCUCCGUAGAUCAGAUUGCUCCUGUUAUGCAUGAAUGGACAUAUGAUGCAAUGUGCCGUGAUUUGCUAAGCAUGGAGGGGAAUAAAUAUGUUCACGAGAUUCCAAGCAAAGUUGGAGGUCCACCAGAGAAGAAAGAGGUCCUCUUGGAGGACCACGAUCCAGUUUGGCUUGAGCUUCGCCAUGCACACAUUGCAGAUGCAAGUGUGCGGUUGCAUGAGAAGAUGGCCCACUUUGUAUCUAAGAAUAAAGCUGCACAAAUGCAUCAAGUUUCGAGAAGUACUAGUGAACUCUCCACACGGGAUCUGCAAAAGAUGGUUCAGGCAUUGCCGCAAUAUAGUGAACAAAUUGAGAAGCUCUCCCUUCAUGUGGAGAUUGCAGUAAAACUAAACAAGAUAAUCAAGGAUGAGGGGCUAAGAGAACUAGGGCAACUUGAGCAGGACCUUGUUUUCGGAGAUGCAGGAACAAAAGAUGUAAUAAAAUUUUUGACAACGAACGAGGAUGUAAGUCGCGAAAAUAAGUUGCGGUUAUUGAUGAUUCUUGCAGCCAUUUAUCCUGAGAAAUUUGAGGGUGAGAAAGGUCUAAAUUUAAUGAAGUUAGCAAAACUACCACCAGAUGAUAUGAAUGCUGUUACCAACAUGAGAUUACUUGGUGGUGCCGCACCUGAUAGCAAAAAAAGCUCAUUAGGGUCAUUUUCUUUGAAGUUUGAUAUUCAUAAGAAGAAGCGUGCAGUUAGGAAACAACUAAAGGGUGAAGAAGAAACAUGGCAAUUAUCGCGGUUUUAUCCCAUAAUAGAGGAACUAGUUGAAAAACUUAGCAAAGGUGAACUAUCCAAGGAGGAUUAUCCAUGUCUAAAUGACCCCAGUCAAACUUACCAUGGACCGUCUCAUACAGCAGCAGUUCAGCAACUUCCAUCUGCUCAUUCAAUGAGAUCAAGACGGACUCCCACAUGGGCCCGACCUCGUAAUUCUGAUGAUGGAUACUCAAGCGAUUCGGUACUGAGGCAUGCAUCUAGUGAUUUUAAGAAAAUGGGCCAACGUAUCUUUGUAUUUAUUGUAGGUGGAGCAACUAGGUCUGAGCUUAGAGUUUGUCACAAGCUUACAUCGAAAUUGAAGAGAGAAGUAGUUUUAGGUUCAACAAGUAUUGAUGAUCCUCCACAAUUUAUUACGAAGCUUAAGAUGUUGACUGCACAAGAGCUCUCAUUGGAUGAUCUCCAGAUAUGAUUGGCAGCAGCCUCCAGUGUGCUCUUGCUAUGAUGAAUGAUGCUCUUAAGCGCUUUGCAAUGGGUUUGUUGGUCGAUUUUUUGAUUUUGGCUCUUUCAGCUUUUAGUCUUAUUGCUAGUUGUUUCAUGAUAUUGUGAUGAACUAUUAGCAGUAAAAGCUGUCCAUAUUGCAUAAUGUAACAUUUCUGAAUAUAAAAAAUAGGAUUGAAACUAA